GAUGCCUGAGGCCGGAUCAAUAUGGGGUUUUGCGGGCACGACGAUGGCGAGUCUUAUGGUCUUCUGGUCAAUGUACAAACAGUUUGUGCCAUACCAAAUCAGAGACUACUUGGAGAAAUGUAUUUACAGGGUGAUCGGUUUGGUCUCAAAUUCUGUUCACAUAAGAUUUACUGAAUAUACUGAAGAUAAAGAUCUCACGAAAAGCCAAGCCUACGACUCCAUACGCAACUAUUUGUCUUCGAAAUCAACGGCUCGUGCCCAAAGGUUAAAGGCCAACGAAUCCAAAAACAGCAGACCGUUGGUGCUUAGUUUGGACGAUCAGGAAGCAGUUGAAGAUGUGUUCCAAGGGGUGAAGGUGGUGUCGUCUUUGAACGUGUGGAAGAGUUAUAAUAAAUCUGAUUCAACGGAGAAAAGGUACUUGACUCUGAGUUUUCACAAUCGGCACAGAGAUAUGAUCACAACGACUUAUCUUGAUCAUGUUGUCAGAGUUGGGAAAGAGAUAGGGUUAAAUAACAGAGAGAGGAAGCUUUACACUAAUAACUCGAGCCAAGAAUGGUAUCCAUGGAGGGAAGGAAGAUGGAGCAAUGUUCCUUUUAAUCAUCCUGCAACGUUUGAAACUUUGGCUAUGGAUCUUGAGAAGAAAGAUAGGAUUAAGAAGGAGCUUUGGAAGAAGAGAAGGAGAAAGCAAUGA